UGGGGACGUCGCUUCCGUAUGAGUCGGCCAAUCGGUGCCAUAUCUAUACAUGUCUAUGUGCGUGUACCGGAACUCCGUCAACUGGUGAAAGUUCCGUAAUAAUCAUCGAACAAAUACGUUAUUUAUCAUUAAAUUCGAUCUAUUAAAACUUCCAAUAAUUUCUACAAAAUUCUGAACUCGCUACAUAAAAAAAAAAAAAAACCUUCCUAUACAGUAUAAUGGCUACGGAGUAAUUUCGAACACCCGAAGAAGACAACGACGAAGAAGACGGUGACGACAAAGAAGAAGACGAGGAGGCGGAAGUAAAUUCGGGACUUUCUGGAUGAUGUGAAAGAUGCUUUUGCCAAGGGAGCAUCCCGCAUGGAGACGUUUUGUCGGGGAGACCGAGUGAACCGAAGAGGCUCGCGGUGAUGAUGUCAUCGCUGCUACUCUCCCAGCUCCUUCUGCUCAGCCUCAAGGUCGCUCCCGCGACGGCCGACCUCGAGGGACGAUGUCCAGAUUUGGCUCCUGUGGACCUUCUAUCUGCUGUCCUCGGGAAGGACACCUCCAAACUCAUGGCGGGGGUGCACGUGAGGCCGUCCGGAGGGGUGUGCGGCGUCCAUUUCUCUGGGCCUCAUGCUCCCGUCGACCUGCUCUCCAACUGUGAUCAUUCCCCCAAAGACUUCUCCAUCGUGGUCACGCUGAAAGUGGCUCGAAUCGCACACAAGAAAAACGAGUACAUCUUCUCCAUGAUGGAGCCGAAAAGAGCAGAGCAGGGAGCUCUGAAGGACAAGGAGGAAGAAGAAGAAAGGGAAGAGGGAAAUAAUUUGCAAAUAGACAUGAGCGGAAGAAGAGCGAAGAACAAUGCAGAACACCGCCGUCUCCUCCUGGGACUGAGACUCUCCGGGAAACGACUUUACGUGCUCUUGAGAGGACAGCGAAGCGUCACUGAGCAGUGGGUGUUCCGGGGCGCCCACCUCGCCGACAACCGCUGGCACACCCUGGUUCUGUACGUCGACGGUCGUCACGCCAGGCUGACGGUGGAUUGUGGCACGCCGCGGGAAAUCCUUCCCUCCAAGCCUUUCUCCUCGGACUUCAGCUUUCACGUGUCCAGAUUCCACAUUGGCAGUCGGGGCAGAUGGAAAGGAUUGUUUACGGGUCUGUUGCGACAGUUGGUUCUGGUGCCGGGUUCAGAUGCCACCCAUCAAAUAUGCCCGUCUACCCACCCUCAACUAGCAGCUCUAUCAGUUCCGCCGCUCCUGUUGUCAGAUGAUGCCGCCACCGCGAAGAUGGCUGCAAGUCCCUUGGUCUCUGACGAAAUGGAGGCCAGAGUGUCGGUUGGCUUACAGCGGACGUGUUCGGAGCCACUCCGAGGCCAGAUGUGGUUCAGUCCGCUCAGGAAAGCUCUUUACCUUUGCGACGGUACCUCGUGGAUCACCGCACUGGAGGAUCGUAAACGGCUGGACUAUGUUGAGGAACGGCAGGUUCUUAGCACCAGCUCAGAGACAAACGACAUAGAGGUCUUCCAGGUACAGGGUGUGGGUCUGAUGGCUGCCAUGGCUCACCGCUCCACAAGUUCUGGCUCCGCAGUGUACCAGUGGACCCAACAUUACGGCUUCCAGCUAUACCAGAAUAUCAGCACGCAUGGAGCGCUGGCAUGGAGGCAUUUCAACAUGGGCAAGAAGACAUUUCUGGUGGUGUCCAACUCCGAUAUAAGCACCAAUGUGGGAAAGGAAUCCGACGUCUCUGUCAUCUACAAGUGGAGGCGAAGAAGCAAACAGUUUGUGCACUUUCAGACCUUGCAGACACACUGUGCACGGGACUGGGAGGCCUUCAAAAUCCAUCGACAGACAUAUCUCGUAGUUGCCAAUCACAGGAUAGGUAAUAACAACCACACGAUAGACAGCGUAGUGUACAAAUGGAACAGGCCAACUAAGUCCUUUGUGGUCCAUCAAAGGCUGAGAACGUUGGGGGCUUACGACUGGGAGUUCUUCAAAGUGGGACCGUACCAUUUUCUGGUGGUGGCAAACGCCUUUGACGGAGUAACCACGUCGGUGGAAUCGGUGAUCUACGUUUGGGUCGACGGGAAUUUUCGAGUUUUCCAAACCAUUGAGACUUUUUGCGCCACCGACUGGGAGAUGUUCCAGAUCGGCACACGGGUCUUUCUGGUGGUCGCCAAUGGACACCGGCUCCACGGCAACGGGCCCGGCGAAUACGCCAUCAACUCCACCGUCUACGAGUUGGACAUGACCGAGCGGCUGUUUGUCCGCUUCCAGGACAUCGUCACAUACAGCGCGGUGGACUGGGAGUUCUUCAGCCUCGGGGAGGAAUAUUUCCUGGUCGUCGCCAACUCCUUCAACGGCGAGUCGUACUCUCUCAACAGUGUUCUCUACAGGUGGCAAGGCUACGAGGGCUUCGUUCCCAUCCACUGGCUCCCGACCAUCGGCUGUAGCGACUGGGAGUUCUUCAGUGCUGGCGGAGACUCAUAUUUGAUCUACUCCAGUGCCAAAGCGCGUCUCGCCAAAGUGUUCAAGCUGAAAAUGUACUGAGCUCGUUCUUUACCGUAUUUAAGCGUGUGGACGCAUGCCCUGUCUAUUUAGAGCAAGGGGUGAGGAACCUACUGCCCAUGGAGGGGCCACGUGAGGCCCCCCACAAGACUUGGCCUGCCAUGCCAAAACCUCAGAGGAACUCUUUCAAAAAAAAAAAAUACUCAUAAUAAUGUACAUAGAAAUAAACACUUGUUUGAUAUUUGCAUCUUAUUUUUUACAAAUUUAUUAUUGCCCUCGGAGGACUUGGAUAGAAAAUGUAUCCACCCCUCAUUUAAAGACAUGCAGUGUAAAAGUGCCCGUCUGCAGCACGACUAUACAUACUGUUAAGAAUGACUGUAAAUUAUUAUAAGAAUAAGCUACUCUUACUAUGAUGUUUUGCACACUAUUAAAUGAGUAAAAACUUAUCACUACA